AACAAAGGGACACUCAAACGAGCAUUGACAGUUCACCGUGUGUGUACUAAACAACCGAAAAGUGUUGUACUAAGUUGAGGAUGCAUUCUUGACAGUGUAUGUUUAAGAGCACCAGCCAUAAUGGAAAAUUCAUUAUAACAACAUUUAGCUUUCAAACCUGUCAAAGCGAUGCAAAUCUUGUUUUGCGACGUAUUUGAGCACUGCCGGGUGAACGAUACAAAUUUGUUUCCAGCAUUAUUAUUACAGUGAUGAUAAAUCAAAGUUCAAAUAGUGUUUGCUAUUUUUUGUGUUUGAUGUCAGUUUUUUGAAGAUUUUCCCACACACACACACAUUCGUUUCGUAGAGAGAGUUUGUGGUUUGUUUGUCGGGGAGUUAUUCAACUCUAUUUGUUAGACGGUAUAUCAACACCGGAAUGCCUAGCAUAAGAAGUUCAUCAUCCACAAUGGCUUUGGACAAUGCGAAUAAAUCGAGUUUAAUCAACACAACACUAUUACGAGCGUGGCGAGAACGAUGGGAUAAUUUUCAAUGGGGUACAUACAUUAAAUCGGUGCUACCGAAGGGUGUAUCGGGCGAUGCAUUCGACUUGGCCGACAAUAUUAUCCAGCAGGCGGUUAUCGGUUCCGAUGCCAAUAAAUUGGUUCUAUCAUAUCUUCGUCACUCGUUAUGUUCACGGCAAAUUUCUCAUUCGUCGGUCAUCAUGCGAAUCGCCAAAUUUGACGGCUUUGAUCGACCAUAUUGUUUGAUUGCUCUGUUGGAUUUCGUUGAUUCGAUCAUGAAUGGAGUGACCUGUCGAACGAUAAAAGAGGAAACCAGCUUACCGGGUGCUCUAUUUGAUCUGUUGUACUGGUUGACACAAGUAUUUUCUACUGUUUUGGAAGCACAAUUCUCCAGCGAUUUCACCUCAACGCAACACCAGCAAAUUUUAAAUAUUCUCAAGAAAUUACUCGAUAAAAUUGUGGCCAAUCAAUUCAUAGUGGCAAAUAUUUUUGUUGCAAAGCGAGAUAACGUUGAAUUAUUCAAGAAAUUGCAAGAAAAAUCGAUUAUCAUAAAAAAUAAUAUGAACAAUCAAAAAUGUGCGGCAUUGACGAACGCUAAACCGAUCGAAACACUGCUCAUGAAAUUGAUUUUAGUGAAACUGGACGGUGAAGUGCUUGUGCAAAAUAAUUCACUGCUUGUUGAAGACAUUGAGACGAUAACAUACUGUUUACAACCAUAUAUUGCGGUCAAUGUACUCUUGCAUCCAAAUUGCAGCACAAAUAAUUACGCAUCACAUUUACAAAUGAUUCAACAGCUGAAAAACUAUCCCAUGUGGCGUGUGUAUAGCGAAUUGAUUCGAUCGGCACUGAUUUCACUGCACAAUGUGAGCAACGAGAAUGAUAUCAGCAGAGAGUCAAUGUGGUAUGCAUUUACUUUCAUUCGCGUGCCACACAUCAUAAAGCAGUUGAAUUCGAUAAGUGGUAAGUCAUCAUUGAAGUAGGGAUAUGUUGGUGCGUACAGCCAAUUCAGACGAUUUUCAUCAUCGUCUUCCAUUCAAAGUUUUUUUCAAAUCCAUUUCCCAUUGAAGAUCGAAUUCAAAGAUCAAUC